AUGAACACAAUUCCGGCGGAACUCACUGGAUACUUCCAAUAUCUGUCACCUGAAAAAUAUAAUAACCAGACACCAAGCAUGGAGGCCGAAUACUUCAACAUGCCCUCCUCUCCUACUUCCUCUUCCUCCUUUUACUACCUCAACGGUCUGAUCAACAACAACUACUCUUCAUCAUCCAACGGUCAGGAUCUAAUAACGAGCAACAACUCAACAUCAGACGAAGAUCACCAACAAAGCAUGAUUAUCGAUGAGAGGAAACAAAGAAGGAUGAUCUCUAACAGAGAAUCUGCCCGUAGGUCAAGGAUGAGAAAGCAGAGACAUCUCGAUGAGCUUUGGUCUCAAGUGAUAAGACUUCGCACUGACAACCACUGUCUUAUCGAUAAGCUAAACCGCGUUUCUCAAAGCCAUGAGCUUGCUUUAAAGGAGAACGCUAAGCUUAAAGAGGAAACUUCUGAUCUCAGACAGCUUAUCUCUGAGAUAAAGUCCAACAACGAAGACGACAGCAGUUUUCUAAGAGAGCUUGAAGAUUCGAUAUCAAACUCUAUAUCGGAUUCGAACCAGAUGGGCAGAGAUUUUGGGUUGUGCUGA